AUGCCCAUACUCGCUCUCCCCGAAGACACCAGGCGCUUUCUUGGCUCAGCUCUGGUCAUAACCUCGCCCAUUUUUCUCGUCAAAGAGUUGCUGGACAACGCACUCGACGCUGGAGCAACAACGGUCGAAAUCCUGAUUUCUCCAAACACCGUGGACAGGGUCGAAGUCAGAGACAACGGCAGCGGCAUCAGUCCGAGCGACUUUCACCAUCUUGGACGGCCAGGACAUACUAGCAAGCUCUCAUCACUCAAAGAUCUUGAGUCUGUUGGCUGCAAAAGCCUUGGAUUCCGCGGCGUAGCUUUGGCCAGUGCUGCCGCUCUGGCUGGAAUUGCAAUCUGCACCAGAACAUCGGCUGAAUCGGUGGCAACCAUCUUACAUUUUUCAAGAGAAGGUGUCGCUGCUGCUCGUGGACACAAACCCGCUCCUGCUGGCACUUCUGUUUGCGUCACUGAUCUUUUCGGUGCGUAUCCAGUCAGACUCAAGAGAGCCACCAGUGAGGCGACUGCGACGGUUCUGAAGGUCAAAGGCCUCUUAGAGUGCUACGCUUUGGCGAGGCCUCAGGUCAAGUUAUCUUUCAAGGUCCUUGGCGGAAAGCAAUCGUGGUCCUAUGUUCCGACUUCCGGUGCCGCCCUCAAGGACGCUGUUGUCCAGGUAAUGGGCCGAGAGCUGGCAGCUCAAUGCAUGCUUCAGACUUCACCAUUCUCUGUAUCCGACACUGAGACGAAAAUCCCACAGACCUGUAAUCUCCCUUUGGCUCAGCAGCCAUCCAAGUUUGUAUUUGAAGCCUAUCUCCCUACCACUACGGCUGAUAUUCGAAAGAUUUGCAAGGGUCCUUUCAUCUCGGUUGACUCUCGACCUCUUUCUUUCACUCGAGGAACUGCCAAGAAGUUAAAGGCCGUCUUCGAGAAGCAUUUCAAGGGGUCCCUGAUCCCCGAAAACUCAUCAAAACUUCCCGGAAGCCCGUUCAUACGACUCAAUAUUAGAUGCCCUCUUGGGUCCUAUGACCCGAAUGUCGAACCAUCAAAAUACGACGUUCUCUUUCAUAACGAAGAGUUGGUGCUUCGAGAGUUUGAGAGUUUCUUGUUGUCAAUCUAUCCCGCUAAGCACAAUGACGCCGGUCCUUCUUCCAUGGACUUAUCAACGGAAGCGAAUGGAUGUGUAUACGAUACCGGCGUAGCUGAUGAACACAUUUCAACGCCACAGACACAGACUGGUAAAGGAGCGGCUCCCACAACACCUCCGACCGAUGAAGAACCCCCAAACCAGUCAAAAGAGGGCCUAAAUCCAUGGACAAUUGCCAAAUUGGUCGCCCCUCGGCGGCAGACACAGCGAAACCUAAGCAGUCCUACACGAAAAAGUGGGCAUGUUGGUCCAGAUGAAGUGCCGCCUCUCAAGGGGCAACCGGUGGAAGUGCCAGGACGGCGAGGCAACACACAAGAUCAACUUCUCCGGAAAACUCAGCCGACGAUCGAGAACAACCGCACGACCACAAGGACCCAAACCUGCAAUGCGCUGCUGAAAGUUGGGGAAGCACAUUCCCAGCCUGCUAAUCAACGCAACAGCAGACCAACAGUGGCUUUGGAACGAAAUCCCUAUACAACACAAGAUUCUGGUAGACGACCGGCGGAUAGGCGCUCCUAUCCAACGGAUGCUGGGCGAAGCCUUGGGAUGGUACAAUCUAGACUUUCCUUUGGCGGAGGCUACUAUAAACGGCAACGGAAAACACGGACGACUGAGAUCCUCGAGCCACUCGAAAACACAGUCUCAAAUGCGAACGGUGGUUUUCUCAGGCCCAACCAGCCACUCAUGGGGUCGCCUGGUCAGCAUAUUGGCAGGAGAACCAUGGACAACACACGACGGAGAACUAUAGCCCAAACCAAAGCGAAUCGUCUGACUGAUAUGCUGAACGGCGAAAUGCCUGUCAAAUCAAGGACGGUCGACGACCUAUCAUCAUUUAUCGUGGAGGGCGAGGAGGGUGUUGAAGCAGCUUUGCCGACGAACGAUCCUAGAGGUUACUUGAUACGGAGACAACAGUCACUUGCAGAUAAGCCUCAGAGGAGAAAGAUCCAACGCCUCAAGACAAACCUACUACCACUGGAAACCACGCCUCUAGGAUCCGAAACACACCAGCUUGCGUUGACGCUUCUUGUUGACCCGCAGACACUAGCCAGAAGUAUGGUAAGGACAUCUUUACUCGACAGCUACCUAAUCGAAGGCGCAUUGGAAGACACAUUGGUGAACAAUAUGAGUCCCGAGGAGUUUACCGCACUGGAAAGCCGAGUCAAGCUUCUUUUGUCACAAACGAGGCAUCAGUCGUAA